AUGGCCAGUGAACUGGUAAAAAGCAACACCCGAGAAGUGCAAUGCUUACGUGAAGAAACUAACCUGGCAAUAAUUGUCAUCCUAUCUCGAAGAAGAUGCGGUCUCUCACGAUGUAUAACCUAUUACUUGGUGUCCAUGGCGGUGACAGAUCUUCUGGUCAUGAUCACUGCUGUAAUAUUGAGCCGGAUUGCUGGGAUUUACUUCCCAUCCAGUUUCCUUUCCAUCACACCACUGUGCAGUCUUCGUUCUUCCUUAAUAUAUGCAGCCAUUGAUAGUUCUGCCUGGUUAACUGUUGCCUUUAGCUUUGAUCGAUUUGUUGCCAUUUGUUGUCAGAAGCUUAAAAUUAGAUAUUGUACCCAGAUGACAGCAGGUCUGGUUAUAGCUAUCGUUUCCAUUUUAAGCUGCAUAAAAAAUACAUUCAUGUAUUUUAUAUACGAACCUAUGUACAUAGGUAACAACGUUCCCUGGUAUUGCGGCAUAAAACUUGAAUUUUAUACGUCGAUUGCAUGGGCUGUAUAUGAUUUGAUUCGUUCUACUUUAACACCUUGUCUCCCAUUUAUUCUGAUUUUGCUGCUCAAUGCUCUCACCGUCAGACACAUUCUGGUGGCGAAUAGAGCCAGAAAGAGACUUCAGACUCGGAGCAACGGAAAACGUCAAAGUGACGCAGAAAUGGAGAAACGAAGGAAGUCCAUGAUUUUACUCUUUGCUGUCUCAGGAAGCUUUAUUCUCUUGUACUCUGUAUUUUUUGUCACGGUUCUGUAUGUCCGAAUUUCGAAUGUCGCAUAUUCUUCAGGUUCGGACUUUACAGAAUCAAAAUUUAUUCUCGAGGAAACUGGGUAUAUGCUUCAGUUUUUCAGUUCCUGCAUCAACCCGUUUAUUUAUGCUGGUACCCAGGGAAAGUUCAGAGAGGAAUUGAAGAAUGGGGUGAAAUAUCCAUUCAGCUUAAUUGUUAAAUUAUAUCAGUUCUCAAGAUAA